GGCUUGAUAACUGUUGAAUAAUAGCUUUUUUAAUUCUAAAGGUUUUAUCCACAGUUCCCUAUAAAGGCUGAUGUAGUUUUCAAUGUGCAAUACCCAACACUACAGCCACACAUAUAAUGCACCAACCCAUGCCUUGUUUAGCCUUUAUUAUACUAUACUGUCAUCAUCAAAGUCACGCCACUGCAGAGAACUGGGGCAGCUAUUUCAAGCAGAACACAACCAUUAAGCAUGUAAAUAUACUGUAAUGUAUCAAUGUAUUAUCUUGUUUUCUAUGUAUGUGAAAUGAUAGUCAGCACAAACUCACAAAAAUGACAGUGUACAACAUGGCUGCAAUGCUCUCCAGUUUUACUGUUGUCUAUGAAAUGUCUGCCGAGGUCCUGUUGUUAUUUGAGGCUGCUGGCUGGUCAUGUGUAUGGUCCCUGCCCUGGUAGGUAACAUGUUGCCCCUUUAAAAUACCAGUAGUUGAACAGAGAAUGAGAAUGAAGGUUCUUAACAUGAUGUCUCCCCAGCUCAAGUUAGUAGUUUCCUGGUGAGUUGACCCUUCCUGGAGUGACAGAUGAACUCAGAGACAGAGGCAGGAUAUGUUUUUGACCAACCAGAAGAGGACAAUGUCACACAGUACAUGAUUGAACAGAGCCUUCUGAAAUACAACAAGCACAAAGGCUCACUCCCUAAUGAUCCUGCAGGCCCUGAAGGUGAUCCUGAUGAGAUCUUUACAGUGAUAAAGGAAGGUAAUGAGGAGGCCCUAAUAAGGUUAGCUGAGCAACCAGGAGCCAUGUCCAGAGUAGACGACAGAGGAUGGAUCCCGUUACAUGAGGCCGCAGUGCAGGAGAAGAAAAGUAUACUGGAGAUCGUCUUCUCAGCUUCCCCCCAGGGUGCAGAGCAGUGCCGGACUCUGAAAGGAGAGACACCUCUCUUCCUGGCUGUAGUGUGCGGCCUGAGGGAAAACGCUACGUUCCUGCUUCAGAAUGGAUGCUGUCCAGACCUCCAGAACGAUGACGAGGAAUCUCCACUCGUGGCAGCUAUAGUAAAUGACCAAUAUGAUUGUGCCUCGCUCCUGCUUCGCUGCAAUGCCAAGGUGGACCAAACAGGAGAUCUGGAGCGGACUGCCCUCCAUGAGGCAUCCCUCCUGGGUCUGGACAAUUUUGUUAACCUGCUACUGCAGUCCGGAGCCAACCCAAACGCAAGGGAUGUUGACAAGCUGACCCCACUGGCACUGGCUGCAGAGACAGGGCACCUUAACGUAGUGGAGGUCCUGCUACAGAAAGGAGCCAGCGUGCAGUCUCAGACAGAGGGCUCUGUGCUGUUUGAGGCGGUUGCAUCAGGUAAUCCUGACAUCAUCUCUCUGCUGCUGGACUAUGGGGCAGACCCCGACAUGCCCAACCACAGUGGGCACCUACCCAUCCACCGUGCUGCAUACCACGGGCAUCUGUUGGUGUUGGAACGGUUGAUCUCAGCAACAAAUAUGGAGGCAGUGAAGAAGAGUGGUAUGAGUCCCCUUCACUCUGCUGCUGCUGGGGGACACACCCAGUGCCUGGAGGUCCUUCUCAAUGCAGGCUACGACCCCAACUUCAUGCUGCACCCACGCGUGCGCAAUAAAUACGAUGACGAACGCAGGUCGGCUCUUUACUUUGCUGUAUCGAACAACGAUGUCCAGUCCACCCGUCUGUUGCUGGAGGCUGAGGCCAUGGUCAACCAGGACCCUGUCAACUGUCUACAAGUGGCUCUGCGGCUGGGCAACUAUGAGCUUAUAAACACUCUGCUGAGGUACGGUGCUAACGCCAGCUACUAUUCUCGUGUCAAAACAACACACUUCCCAUCAGCACUGCAGUAUGCGCUGAAAGAUGAGGUCAUGCUGAGGAUGCUUCUCAACCAUGGAUACGAUGUACAGCGCUGCUUUGACUGUCCCUAUGGAGACAGUUCCCAUGACUACGCACCCUGGACGACCUCGGUCACCAAAGACAUGGUGUUCUGUGAGGUGAUAACAGUCAAGUGGCUGAAACACAUCUCGGCACAGGUAGUGCGCAUCAUGCUGGACUACACAGACCACGUCACCCUCUGUGUCAAACUCAAGGAAUGCCUGAAGACACAGAAACAGUGGCCUGAGAUAUGCCAUAUCCAAGAGAAUGUGCGCAGCCUGAAGCACCUGUGUCGGCUGCGUAUCCGGGACUGCCUGAGCCGUCUGCGUCUGCGAUCCCCAGCCUUCAUCAGCUUCAUGCCUCUCCCCACCAGGCUUAAGGACUACCUCCGAUACAGAGAGUAUGACAUCUACAGCAGGGGCAGCCCUGAUUGAUCAUAACAUAAUGGCACUCUCUAAGAAAGUUCCAGUUCUUUAUCAGUUUGUCUGGACCUUGUUUACUUUUGUAAGUGUGUGUCUCUUUAGUUCCUACUCGAGGAUCAACAACAAGCAAUAUUCUCUCCCUUUUUUCCUACUCUGAAUGCAUGUUAUGUCAUAGGCAGCACAAUGUGUGUUGCUCCUAGGUUGAGCAUUGUGGGUCACUGAACCAACUGGGAUAAGCCUGUUAGGUUAAAAUGAUAUUUUUGUAUAAUUAUUGAAUUUGUAAGGAAUUACACAUUUAGUGUAAUGUCCUAUUUUUAUCUGUGAUCUAUAAUAAUUGUAUUUUGUCAUUAAACAUUUGAACAGAAGUCUUA